GAUGUUGACUCAUGAGUAAGCAAAUCAAAACUGUUUGCUGAUCAGUAGGAGGAUCAUAGACUAAGAAAACAGCGGAUUGUCUCGUAUUUACCUCUAAUAUUUACGGCGUCCCUUUCUCUCUAGUGGGAGUAUUUUCAUGCACCAUUAGCCUUACAUUUUUUUUUGCUCUUUUGUCACAGUGCGACCACCUGCGCGUGAAUCCAGAAAAGGCGGUGGCUGUCCAGGAAAAAAAUAUAAAAGCAGCUGAGUGUGAGCAUCUGUGCAUCUACUCCCCGGGAAACCUUACCUCUCCCCCCCUCCAAAGCCAGUAAGGCAUGUCGACCGCCGGGGAAGUACCAGCCUUUUUUAAGAGCAUGGGUUCUGACAGCCCAGCCAGGCCGAGGCAGCAGUUCUGUGGCAUGUUUUGCCCGGUGGAAGGCUCCUCGGACAGCAAGACGCUGGACUUUGAUGCCUUCUCGGCGUGCAAAGGAAAGCGUGACAGCCGAGUCAUUGACCGGCAGACCGACAUCUCUCAGCCGAAGAAGGUGGAGAUCCGGGAGAGCACCGGGAAGGAAGCUCUGCAGAAUUUGGAUAAUAAGAGGAGCGACCGUCUCCUGAUCAAAGGGGGGAAGAUCGUGAACGAUGACCAGUCCUUCUGUGCUGACAUUUACAUGGAGGAUGGAGUCAUCAAACAAAUUGGGGAAAAUCUCAUUGUUCCCGGAGGGGUAAAAACCAUCGAUGCCCACGGCCGCAUGUUAUUGCCGGGUGGCCUCGACGUGCACACGCGUUUCCAGAUGCCGGAUCGAGGCAUGACGUCUGCUGAUGACUUCUACCAGGGGACCAAGGCCGCUUUAGCCGGAGGAACCACCAUGAUCAUUGACCACGUGAUCCCUGAGCCUGGCGUCAGCCUCAUCUCGGCCUUCGAGCAGUGGCGCGAAUGGGCCGACAGCAAGUCUUGCUGCGACUACUCGCUGCACGUCGACAUCACUGAGUGGCACAAAGGCAUCCAGGAGGAGAUGGAGGCGCUGGUGAAGGAUCAUGGUGUCAACUCCUUCCUGGUCUACCUGGCUUAUAAAGAUGUGUUCCAGCUCACUGACGCUCAGGUGUACGAGGUGUUCAGUGUGAUCCGGGAUUUGGGAGCCAUUGCUCAGGUGCACGCAGAGAACGGAGACAUCGUGGCUGAGGAGCAGCGCAGGAUCCUGGAGCAAGGGAUCUCUGGGCCUGAGGGACAUGUGUUGAGCCGUCCUGAGGAGGUGGAGGCGGAGGCUGUUAACCGCUCUGUGACUGUGGCCAAUCAGACCAACUGCCCACUCUACAUCACCAAGGUGAUGAGCAAGAGCGCUGCUGAUGUCAUCGCUCAGGCCAGGAAGAAAGGAACUGUGGUCUAUGGAGAGCCAAUCACUGCAAGCCUGGGAACAGACGGUUCUCACUAUUGGAGCAAGAACUGGGCUAAAGCCGCCGCCUACGUCACGUCCCCUCCCCUGAGCCCCGACCCGACCACGCCCGACUAUCUCAACUCCCUGCUCUCCUGCGGUGACCUUCAGGUGACAGGAAGCGCACACUGUCCCUUUAACACGGCCCAGCGUGCUGUUGGCAAAGACGACUUUAGCUUGAUUCCUGAAGGCGUCAACGGCACUGAGGAGAGGAUGUCCAUCAUCUGGGACAAGUGUGUGGUGACGGGUAAGAUGGAUGAAAACCAGUUUGUGGCAGUGACCAGCACCAACGCCGCCAAAAUCUUCAACCUUUACCCCCGUAAGGGUCGUAUCGCUGUGGGUUCAGACGCUGACCUGGUGCUGUGGGACCCAGACAUCACCAAGAUAAUCUCAGCCAAGAGCCACAACUCGACUGUGGAGUACAACAUCUUUGAAGGCACAGAGGUGCGUGGUGGGCCUCUUGUGGUGAUCAGCCAGGGCAAGAUCGUCUUGGAGGAAGGGACCCUCCACACCACUGAGGGCUCAGGACGCUUCAUGGCCCGGAAACCUUUCCCUGACUACGUUUACAAGAGGAUAAAAGCUCGCAGCAGGCUGGCUGAGCUUAGAGGUGUACCCAGAGGACUGUACGAUGGUCCCGUCUGUGAGGUGUCAGUUACCCCAAAAACUUUGACUCCUUCCACCUCUGCCAAGACCUCACCUGCCAAGCAGCCCAACCAGCCUGUCCGUAACCUGCACCAGUCUGGAUUCAGCCUAUCUGGUGCUCAGGCUGAUGACAACAUUCCUCGCAGGAACACCCAGCGCAUCGUGGCACCACCCGGUGGCAGGGCGAACAUCACCAGCCUGGGUUAGAGCUCCGUCCUCAGCUGCAGAGGAGGAAAACAAAGCUUUGAGGAAGGACGUCCUGAAGGAGCUGAGAGGUCGAGAAACCCCGUAAUGAGACCAUGGAGCCGAACUCUUCACAGCCCCUGGAACGGACAUCUGUCAGCCUCGAACUUUCACCUCCUCCUUCGCAGCUUUUCCACACACCCACUCUCCUCCCCAAAACCUGAUCUUAGAGGACACAGUUAGAAACAAAAAAACAACAACAAAAAAAAGGUCUGCCUCUUUUGAUGGAAAAAGAGAAAAAAAUGAAAACACUCCUUAUUUGAGCACUUUUGAUUAUUUUGUUUUUUUAUACUGUAUUUUUUUCCCUGCCAUGUGUACUUUUCAUGUUUGUUUUACUGUUGUUUUAUAGAGGGAUCAAGUGAGACUAAACUGAAUUAUUACAGUUAAGAAAAGUGGAUGAUUUCCAUGCAGAAUGUCGGUUGUAUUUCCAGUUUUUGUUUUCAUCGUAGGAGUAAUUUAAAUGGAGCGUGGGUACAAAAUGAGUAUUGUUUUUCUUGCUUUUCAUUAAUAGGCCCGAGCUGUCGGUCACCUGAGGUUAAACAGUCUCACACCUAAUUCCUUUAACCAGAACUUCCUUCAAGCUGUUGGCUUUCUGUGACUGUAAGUUGCAUUGAAUUUGCUACACUAUCCGAUGUCACUUCAUCUGUCACACACAGCUACCCAAAUUACUAAAAGAAAUGAACGGGCUUUAGAUUUAAAAAUAUGUAACAAAACAGCAAUCCUUCAUAAGGGUUAUAAACUCUCACUGCACUGGCUCUCAUGUAAUGUUUUCCCACCUGUGGCUGUGCAAAAGUACAAAAGUGAAAAACCAUACUUCAUAUUUGGCAGCUGCCUUAGAGAUGUGAGUCUCAUAGAGCAGGAGGAGCUUUGGCAGGUAUUUAACAGAGCAUUUCAUUGCUUUGCAUCAGGGUACAGUGGAGAGAAUUGAAGGAAAGAUCACAAGAGGAAGAGGAAGUUGUAUUUGGUGUCAUUUCAAACUGAACCUUUCCUUGCCUUAUCUCUUAACGCCAUCACAUUAGAGACGUUUUUAGAAGUGCAAGAAAGGUGCCAUAACUACGCAGCAGUCUUAUUCUUUCCAGCUUCUUUUGCAUUCCUGUGAGUCAUAAAAAGGUCCAGCAUUUUUUUUUUGAUUGACAGCUGCUGAAGCACCUGACAACCGCUCAUCACCAAGCAGUGCAUUUACACACAGAAUGUUUCUCCUCCUCCACAUGGGACUGUUUUAUACUCAUCUGAACUCCCUCUUUUCCUUUCUACUCUUUAUGUGCCUGAAACCCACAGAAGUUGUACUGAUAGUUAGAUCUUUUCUUGUGUUAUUGUUCUUUUUGAGGUAAGUGAAGGUUGUAAGAUAAAAAGAUGUAAAAUAGCCAGGAUUAACCGAUUCAAAGGUGCCAGAUUUUGCGAUUUCGUGGGGCCUAUUCUGUCGGUAGAGCCCCUGUAAAGACGAAAAAACGCUCGAUAUCUUGAAAUGUUAUAAUGUUUUAGAGUUUUUAACUUGUUGUCAAACUGCUUUUUAGUGUCAUUCUGUAACUAGGUGCCUAAGGGCUGAGCACUAUUGAUUUACGCUUGAAAGUAGACAUGAGCUAAUGUACUUCUGACUAGUGUUCAGUGUUGAUGUGUGAGGGAUGGGACACGCACGGCCGGCUCCUGUUCUGCACUAUUUUCUGUUGUGGACGGGACGUCCCCCCCUGGGCUGAGCCCCCAUGAGCUCCGGUUCCUUUUUGAAGGAUCUGGUUUUCAUUAAGCCAAGCAUCUGAUUUCCUCUGUUAGUUCUUGUGUCAACAAGGUCUUGGCCACCAAUCACCAUAUUUCUGCAGCCCCCUUUCCCCCCACUCACAGCACAGAAAGGCUCACGCUAACACAGACUUAGCAAGGGGUCGGUUACAUAAAUGUACAGUAAGUCUGGGCUAUAUUUCAACCUGGCCUUGCAUUCUUUAGACUUGUAUGAUGAAAAACAGCUCCUGCAUAAAUAUUUGCACACAUAUUCUAAGUCAAAGGAUUGUUAAAGACCCACUUCUUGUACUAGCAUAAAGAUAGCUUUAGCUUGUGUUAGCUGAUGGAAAUGCAUCGUUGUCACAAGGCUUAGGUUUGGCAUUAAAUGAAUACUGACUUAAAAUUAGAUCAUAGUUAGAAGGUUUAGGGAGAAGAGUAAGCUACAUACAUACAUACAUAGAAAUAAAAAUUACCCAGCACCUUGUUCUCGAGCUUUUUUUCUCCCUCUGAUCAACCUGGAAGCGUAGAAGGUGAACUCUGUCAGCGUAACAAAUUGUACAUGUAUUUAAAGAAUCCAAAGACAGAGAAAUGUAACAAAUGCAUGUCUCGGAGGCGUUCAAAGAUGAAACAGGAUAGGAAUGGGAAACUGGAACAUGACUAACAUGGCAAAUUACACACCACACAACAAGAUUUUUGAAGUCAGAAGUGAGGGAUUAGAUCCCUCUUGCCUGGGUGAUGCUUCCGUCAUCUCCCUUUUUUAACAUUGUAUUGAUACUCCUAGCUCAUUGGAGCUUCCCUCUCUUCUUCUACACACUUCUCACUACUUUUACACUAACUUUGGGCGGGCGUGUAUACGGGUAAAGUCCACAGACACAGAUACAGUUUGGCAGCAGGCGUAGCCCUCAUGAGAGUAAAGGCAUGCUUGUAUUUUCCUCCUCACUCCUUCCUUUCACUUUCCUUCUGUCCCUCCCUCCCUCCCUUUUGCUCUCUCAUUUUCAUUCAUGCCCUCUCUCCUUGCCACCCCCCCUCUCUCCUGGCUCCUUGUUGUUUCUUGCUGUUGCCAUAGUGACAGACCCCUCCACUCUCGCAGGGUUCUGCUUUUUUGUUUGUCAUGGCAACGCUUGUCAGAUUGGAGGUUGCUACUAGCAACCCAUCCUGACCUGGCGCUAUUAGUACAGCUUAGCGCCUGCACACACACACACAGACACACAGGUUUUUGUAAUUAUUCUAUUUAAUCCUGUGCUGAGUUGCUUAAAAUUCAGAAUCCUCUGCUGCUAUGAAAAGAAUCUAUUAGCAGUGAGAGCACACUACACACAAACACAUACACACACAUCACACACACACCAAACCCUUGCUAAAGAAAUGAGUGGGCUAUAAAGAAGAGCUCCUUGUAUCCUCGACGUGUCCCAUGCCUCCCCGAUCACUCAGACACACACUUAUACUCCUGUAAUGCUCUGUCAGCUUGGAUGCUUUUUCUAUGCCAUAUUAUGCUAAUGAUAUAUGAGUGAUAUGUAUGUACGCACCGUGCUGCAGACUGAGAGAAGCUUACUUCUGCUCUGAGGUUGCUGAUGCUGAUGUUGAACUCCGUCUUACCCCUCUGAGCCUUCUCGUCCCCCCCCCCCGCUCUCUGUAAGCUCCCACCACCCCCCUCCCUUUGUGAAAGUGAAACUGUGUGAUGGUAUUUGUCUCGGUGGCUGUGGGGUUUCUGGGAUGCUUGCUCACUGUGGAAAACGUGUCAAAUCCCACAAAUGGUGAUGUAAAAAAACAACAACAAGGAUUCAAAGAAUAAAAAAAGAGGAAAGAAAAAAGGGAA